AUGUUCAGACUUUCUUCACGCUGGAAGACGAUCUACCGUCUUUCGAGCUCAAAUUAUUCAACAAAGUCGCAGUCUUUUCCAUUCCCCAAGCACGCCAAUCCUACUCCGCACCAAAUCUUUCAUCUUCCGGCAAAUGCCUCUCAGGAUGACAUAAAGAACAGAUACUACGAACUUGUGCGAAUAUACCAUCCUGAUAAAGCAAGGACUUCAGUGUCCGCAGAAGAAGCCCAUGCUCGAUUCCAGACCAUUGGUCACGCCUACAACAUCCUACGAGGCAAGGCAGCCCCAAACGAAUCCGCAACUACUUCACCUAGAGAUGGACGCUACGAGGCAACCACUGCGGCCCGAAGAGCUGCACAUGUACGUCGACAUCGUGAACUCUAUGACGGUGGUGCUGUUGAUGACAGAUGGAAGGACGGUAUUAUUCUGUUUGGUGUAAUCGGUACUGUAAUUGUUUUUGUGGUCCAAGCAAUGAUAACCAGGCAUGAGGCUAUCGAAGAAGUUAUGGACCGUGCCCGACUACAUCGGUUAGACACGGAGAUUAACAGAAGACGGAAAACUCUUGAAGACCCUCGUCUUUCAGCCCCCGAACAGGAGGAUGGCCCACAGCAAAAGCGAUAA